AUGAAUAGUAUGCCAGAAAGUUUAGUAGCACUUUCCUCAGUUAAGAUGAUUUCAUCGCCAUCAUCACCAUCGCAGACUACAGCUGGAAGUACGACAGUUGAGACAGAAGAAAUAAUGCAUCGACAAGAAACAUCGAGAAGUCGAGGUAACACACAAAGUCGGAAUUUACAAUCACAACAGAAUGGUAACAACAACGAUGGUAUGACAACACUUGUACGUGGAACAGUGGACGAUGAUCGAAGACGAAAACGUUUUCGUCAGCGUGUCAAUAAGAAGAGUUUAAUUGCUAGCACUGCAAGUAAUAGUGGAAAGUUGGAUACAAAUAACGAAUUGAUGCAGCAGGAACAGAAGCAACAGGAAACAACAGCUGUGGAUGGAAAGAUGACGAAAACACCGAAUGAUUUCAAGGAUGCUUAUUGGUAUUAUGAUCCAAAAACUGAUGGUUUCUAUUAUGAUUCGAAAGGUUCUCGUGGCUGGCGUCGGCGAAAUCCCGCUCAUGAAAAGAAACAACUUCAAGAUAGAGAUGGAUUAUCAUGCCUAUGGCCUGACCCAAAUCUUGUUUCAUAUGGUGGAAGCGAUCCGUACGGAUAUCAUUAUAACAAUAUCAGUUAUUUUUCUCCUCACAUUCAAUAUUAUGAUCCAGAAACUGAUGGAUACUAUUUUGAAAUGCCUUCUGUUGAUGGUUGGAAGAAGCGGCAAUCACACUCUAUUAGCAACACCGUUAUGCCAUCACUAACAGGUUACAGCAGCAAUAGAAUGAUAGUAAAUUCAAAUGCACUCCCUGCAAUGUCGCAACCAAGCUUUAUCGAUGCGAUGGAUGUACCACGAACAUCUUACGGUGCUGCUCUAGCUCGAGGGCAAUUACCACCGUGCACUAUUAGAACCAAUAAUGCUAUUACGAGUACUUCCACAAAUAUAAAUGGAGUAUUGAAGGACACUUUUUCCAGUGCUGAGUUACCAUUUUCAACGCUCACAUCAAACGAUGGUUUUGGCGCUGCAUCUUCAGUGAUGUUAUUGGACAAAACCUCAACAGAAUGGGAUAAAAAAGAGAGCAGCCAACAAAAUUGCAAUACACAAAGACCUUUUUCGUAUGCACAUAUCGUGGCUUCAUGUAAUACCACUAAUGUUGAUGAUAUCGAGAACAGUCCUCCUCCUCUUCAACAGAUCAUGGACACUCAUUAUAAACGACCGGAAACAUUGGAAUUACACAGUUUUGCGGAAGAAAAUGAUAUUGGAGGAGCAACAAAUGAACACGAUACAAAACGAUCUGGACUGACUAACUUUAAUGCGGACAAAUUUAUCGCUGACCUUCCGUUCAAUAGCACAGAUCGAGUACUGCGAGAUUUGGCAGCACUUAAAACACCAUGUUCUGUGCCAGUUUGCAAUGUGGAUUCUCCUCACACACCAUCAUCUAUCACGAAAGCGCCAUGUUCACCAUAUGGAAUACCAAAUCAGGAAAUCAAUUCCUACAGUGCUAUUUGCGAUAUGGAGCUAGUGCUGAGUCAGAUUUUAAGCUGUGCUGAUAAGAAGGAAUGGGUGCCAGAGAGAACCUCGCCAGGGACAUCAAAAUUGAAUUUUUGGCGUAAUUCUGGUUUAGUUGCUGGAGUUGCCGGCGUUUCUUGUGACAAUGUAUAA